ACCGGUAGAUCCCCGCCGCCCCCGUCCGGCAUCCCUCCAUCCAAAGUCGCCGACGACGACCCGGCCAAAAGUCCAGAGCCUUUUCCCGAGAGAAGAGAAAAGGGAUGGGCUGCUGCAGCAGCCGGAGCUCCGAUUCGCCGGCCAGCCGCGCGACGCGGUGGCGCUCCACGGGCAUCGUCGCCCUCCGCGACGCCAGAUUGAAGGAACUACCAAAUGAAGUUCUACAAGUGGGCAAUUCCUUGAGAACUCUGGAUUUGACAAACAACAAACUAGUUGAGAUUCCCCAGGAAGUUGGUGGACUCGUGAAUAUGCAAAGACUUGUUUUGGCUGGUAAUUUGAUUGAAAACAUCCCGGCUAACAUUGGAUACCUGCGGAAUCUUAAAAUCCUCACACUUGACAGAAAUAGGAUCUCUAUCUUACCUGAAGAAUUGGGUUCUCUGUCAAACCUUCAGCAACUUUCUAUUUCUCAUAAUUCUUUAAUGUGCCUGCCUAAGAGUGUGGGAGAUUUGCGAAAUAUGUUAAUACUCAAUGUAUCUGAUAACAAACUAAAAGAACUUCCGGAAUCAAUUGGAGGUUGCAAUUCCCUGGAAGAAUUGCAGGCAAAUGGAAAUUCGAUUGAAGAUGUGCCCUCAUCGAUCUGCAACCUUGUUUGCCUUAAAUCCUUAUCACUGAAUGGCAACAAAAUUCGUCAGCUUCCGGAAAACAUACUGAAAGACUGCACGGCUCUUCAGAACCUAUCGCUGCAUGACAACCCAAUCAUGAGGGACCAGUUCCAACAAAUGGAAGGAUUCAACGAGUUUGAGGCACGCAGAAGGAAGAAAUUCGAUAAGCAGAUUGAUUCUCGUGUCAUGCUGGGCUCCACGGCCCUGGAUGAAGGGGUUGAUUUCCACUGAUUUUAGAGCUCAUGUGGCUUCCAUUCUUUCUAAUUGGCCAGUACCAAUUGUAGAUUUGUACAUAGCAGCCUCUGGUUCCUUAAAGAAAAACAGCAAACGCACAUAAAUGAACCAAAAAAUUCCUGUUUUUCGCUUGAACGGGCACUAAGUGACAUUCCACAUCUUGUGUUCCUAUAGAAACUUAUUGAUUGCAUUUGUUGCA